GUCUGGCCUGAAGUUACUGAUCCAGAGAAGUUUGUGUUUGAAGAUGUUGCCAUUGCUACCUAUUUGUUGGUCUUGUGGGGUGAAGAGCGUGCUGAAAACGGAACAACAACCAAACAGUCCUUUGUGGAUCUCGGCUGUGGAAAUGGCCUCCUGGUUCACAUUUUAAACAACGAAGGGCAUCCUGGAAAAGGCACUGACAUUCGCAAAAGGAAGAUCUGGGACAUGUAUGGGCCUGGUACUCAUCUAGAGGAAAAUGCCAUCACACCCAGCAAUGGCUUCCUCUUUCCCACCACAGACUGGCUGAUUGGAAACCACUCAGAUGAGCUUACCCCAUGGAUCCCUGUAAUAGCUGCCAGAUCAUCUUACUCAUGCCGCUACUUUGUGCUUCCUUGCUGCUUCUUUGACUUCUGUGGGAAGUACCAGCGCAGACAAUGUAAGAAGUCUCAGUAUAAGGAGUACAUUGACUUCAUCACUGAUGUCAGCACAGUGUGUGGCUUCCACACAGAGGUGGACUGUCUGAGGAUACCCUCCACCAAACGGGUAUGCAUAAUAGGGAAAGGAAGAAUGUACAGCGAGGCUGAAGAGCCUAUGGCAGAGGAACGACGAAGUGAUUAUAUCAGGGGGCGUGAGGCCUUAUUUACAAGCUCAGGGGUCAAUCAAAGUGACAAUCGUGGACCUCACAAUGAUAAUGGACAGAAUAUUUCAACCCCUGCGAAUGACUGGGUGAAUGGCUUUCAACCAAGAGAAAAGACAGAGGCUGUUAGGAACUGUUCAGCUUUGCCAAGGGAUUUUGUGGAUGCAGUGGUUCUGAGGGUGGCGAAGGCAUUGCUGAGUCUGACUGAGAGAGACAUGGAGAGCAGCGAUUGCGGUGAUGCCUGGAAUACAGGAGGAAGUUUGUUGAUUAGUGAAGUAGUCAACCUCCUGGACCGGUCUACUUUCCAAGCACUAAAGAAUGAAUGUGGUGGUCUCCAGACUCUACUGAAAAACAAUCAUCAGGUGUUCAGAGUGCAGGGUGGAAGAGUCUUUAUUCGGGACUGGAGGACACAUACAUCAGCUCAAAGCCCUAGAGUAACCUCCAAGCACAAACCCCUUCCCUCAGGUGCCUUGAAGACCCGACUCUGUUGGUUCUACUCCCACCAUCCCCACGGAUGCCCUCUGCCCAGUGAGGACUGUGCUUUUGCUCAUGGGGUGACUGAAUUGAGACCCUCCACAAAACCUACAAAGAUAAUUUGAACCUGAAUGGAAGCUUGUUUCGGCUUUAUUAAUUGCAUUUGACCUGACAUUUGGAAAAAGAAAACAUUCAGCGAUAUUUGUUUUUUACCUAUCCUAGUUGCACCCUUUUUCUUUGACUUUAAGUAACAAUUUUAUUUCUGUUAUGUAAAAAAACAUGUCAAAUGAACAUUGCCAAUACUGCCCAGACUUUAUCUAAUAAAUCCAAACCUGUGUAAUGAGA